AUGAAGCCAAUAGUUGUAGGAAAUUGGAAAGCUAACAAAAACUUCGAAGUCUUUAAUAAAAUACCAUCAAAUCUAAAUAAUAUUGAAGUUGCUAUAGCACUCCCUCACAUCUAUAUUCCGCAAACAGUUAAUUAUUCUAAACAUCAUAUUUCGAUUUCGGGACAAGAUUGUAGUAAAUUUGAAAGUGGCCCUUACACGGGAGAAACUCCUUCUUCUUUUCUGAAAGAAAAUCAUGCCAAAUAUGUAAUCAUAGGACAUUCAGAGAGAAGAAGAUACUUUUAUGAAAAUUCAUCAGAUUUCACAACCAAGAUUAAUAAUGCACUUGCGGCAGGACUUGGAGUAAUCUAUUGCAUUGGAGAAAAUUCUUUAGAGCGUGAAAGUAAUGAAUAUAUGAAAGUAUUGUAUGAUCAAUUUUUUUCGGUAGUAGGACAAGGGAUUAAAAUCGAUAUCGCUUAUGAGCCAGUAUGGGCGAUAGGAUCAGGUAUUAUUCCGAAAAAAGAAGAAAUUUCUGAGGUAAUUGAACACAUCCAAAGAUGGUCUAGAAGUAUUAAUGUAUCUGGUAGAAUAUUAUAUGGUGGUUCUGUAUCUUAUGAUAACAUUGAAUUAUUACACAGUAUAAAUAAACUUAAGGGAUUUUUAAUAGGUGGAAUUUCUUUAAAAACAGAAUUCGUUGAUAUCUGUGAGAAGUAUAAUAGUUUAAAUGGCCAGUAA